AUGCCAAAAAAUAAAGUGAAGCGAUGCGCAUUUGUCUCAACUGUUGAAAUAGAGAACUAUCAAAGAGUUGAUAAAGUGCAGAAGGGCUGCGGUGAUUACACAGCAUCCACUGACGAUCUCAAGCGAGUAGACUUCAAUGUGAUUUCAGUUAAAAAGGAAGCCAGCAAGCCCUACCCUACAAGAGAGACACCUCUUGCAGGUGAUUUUGACGUAGAAUUGGACAACACUGGAGGAUCAACUGAGAAAUCAUUCACUAAGUCAAGAACAGUCGAAGCAACAUCAAGCCAAACAUACUCUGUCGAGUCGGGAACUUCAAGUAGUUUUACCGUCGGGGCUUCUGUGAGUGCAGGGUUUGAGGCACUUGGAGCUGAGUUUUCAGUUGAGCUUUCCACCGAGUUCUCAAAGUCAGGCUUCUACAACAGUGGAUACCAGAAAACUACACAAGAAAAAAUUACCACCGCUUUUCAGAUUACGUCCAAGGUGCCUGCCGGAGUCAGAACGAUCGCCCGCUUUUCCAAGCGCACCGAACCCCUCACAUUAAAGUGGGGAGCCACUAUCCAUGCAGAAGGCGAGAUCAAACUGAGUUAUACUUUUGCAAAGUUUGGUCAUCGAAUAAGGACAAACGAGACCGUCAUAGUCUCUUUGUCGCAGGUAGGUGGUGGUAAGACCUCGCCAUUGUUCUUCGAAUCCUCCGAAUUUUCGAACGCUGAGGAGGCACGCUGACCAGCGUUAUAAUGAACCAUAAAUAAUUACAACAUUAAUCGAUAUUGUUGUGUCUGAUAAAUUAAAGGUAACUUCGCCGAAAACGAUGCGAAACAAGAAAGAUACCAAGAUCUUCUACAAAGAGUGAUUAGAUUCACCGUGUGUUAAAAAAAAAAAAUAGAAAGACGAGACUGGUACGCGGUUAGCGGUAGACGCUCUCAGUAUAAGAUUGAUACUGAAAAACUUGUAGAAACGCCUGAAGUAAAUAGAAAUUGCUUGUUUUUUUUUAGGCAAUACCUUCUCGGCAAACCGUUUUUUACACCAUGGGGACGGUAAGAGCAGAGGCCAGGGUUGUUAUAGGAGCGAAGAUGGAGUCCUAUGAUGCGCAGGGGAACUUAAUCGAAUCAAAACCUGCAAGCUCAUCGCAAGUCAGUGAAGUUCGAACCAGCCGACAAAGAGACCCUGGUCAUCGUCGUUCUUUCCGAAAGAUGAAUCCCAAGCACAAGAAAAACACACAUCUUGUGGAAUACUAA